AUGGCUCCCAAGCGCAAACGACAGGCCAGCAGCCAAAUGGACGAUGCUAGAAAGUCAACCUCGACACUAGCAGUUAAUUCCAUCUUGCAGGAAUUGCUCGGUAAUUCAGCUGGAUCAUCAACUGCCUAUCAAAAGGCCAAUAGCGAGGCUAAUCAAGGCUUAAAGUCUGCUUCUCAAUCUCACAGCAGGCCAAAGGCUCAGAUGGUCUCUAAAUCAAAGCCAGCUCGCCUUCCUAACUUCCACUUUAAAGCUGGCGAAAUAAUUUUCAUUCCCUGUGGAACAAAACAGUCUAAGAAGACCUCACAUUCGUACAUCCCACUUCUGACACCUGUUCUUCGCAAUCCCCAAGCACCAACUUUGGUGGAGGUCCAGACUCUUGAGGUCAUGAGACUAGCGAUCACAGAUUAUGUCGAUGGUAUCAUCAUCAGCAAGAACUGGUCUUUUGAGCUCUUUGACCUAGAGCUUCGCAAAUUUUUCCCUCGGCUCUUCCUUUAUCUUGAUGCCUUGCCAAAGUUGACGAAUCUAGAUUAUGAGGAGGACCAAGACGAGAUCUUUCAGUAUCUGCCCCAAUACUAUCUUUGUGUCAAAGAGAAGCGUAGGAUCGUAAUUCCUCCUGGUAUCCAAUUCCCUGAUGGGUCAUCGGUGGCACGAAAUGCAAGGAUGAAUUCGAGAGGUGGAUUUCGUGAAAAUGUGGUUAUUCUAGUCACUCGUCAAAGCAUCCCACUGUCAGUGUUGCAAGGGUGGGCGAAAUCAAAAGGGAAGGAGAAGGCCACUCUUUCAUCUAGCUCAGCAUACCAUGGUCGUACCGAGUCUGAGAGUAUAUCCAGUGACUCAGAAGACAGCUCCACCUCAUCUGAGUCGAGCUUAUCACAGCCCCCUCGCAAGACCAAAUCUCAUCGAGUAUCAACAGAAACUGAUGACGAGAUUAUGCCUGCAUCGGACUCUGAAACCAUAUCCGAGUCGGCCACUAUAGUUGACUUGACUGCAAGUGAUGACGAAUACACUGGUGACUUUUUUGGUUCUUUCAGUUUAGAUAAUCAUGAUGUUGUUGCUGAGCCAGAGGCACCUGUGGAGGCUGACCUCACCCCUUUGGAGCCUGUCUCAUCAUCUCCACUGCAGGCCUCUGUAUCUUUUGUUAUUGAUCCCAGUCUUGAUAACCCCCCAACCUUGCAGGCCUCUGGGUCUUUUGUUCUCGAUACCAGCAUUGACAACCCAUGGGAAGGGAAUCGUCUUUUCAAUUUCUAG